UCUUCGGGUGUCUUCGGUCGCGUAGUUUCGUUGGUGGCGAUGGAUGAGCGUACGCGAGACGGCUAAUGUGGUCAAUUUCAAGCGGAAAAUCGCCGAUAACAACCGCUUUUAUCGUCGAAAAUACUCGAAAUGUGCUGGGAGGUCGCCAUUUGCCGAAACGGGAUGCCGUCAAGUCGUACUUUAAAUGGUCUAGCAGUUUCGAAUGGAUGACCAAGAGAGCAAUGAAGGCACCAUUGGAGAGGACAAUUCAGUGACUGACAGCAAUGUGCACGAGGUCGUCAGCCUCCUGCUUACACCAAACGUGACCUUGGAUGAAGACGUUACAGUGGCAGAAGCGGAAGUGGAAGACGAUGUAUCUGACCAAGGCUUGUGUGACCCUGGAGGAGCUGAGGUUGCUUCGGCCGUGGCUACCCUUGGUCUCUCACAGGAAGUCGACCCGUGUGGCCUGGGAGUCAAACUGGAAGACGGUUCGACGGCAUUCCUUCAGGGCCUAGGUGGAACCACGCAUGCCAUCACCCUGGAGGAUGGCUCCACAGCUUACAUACAAGCUGGACCAAGGGGCGCCAUAGAGGGACUCCAGGCGGUAACCUUAGAAGAUGGCACAACUGCCUACAUCUCCACGACAACAACUGCUGAGCAGUUGUUCGGCUCCGAUGUGUCGGACGCUACCCUUGGUUUAGAAAGCAUCGCUGCACAGGCUUCAGGCGACAACUGCCAAGAGGAUGAGUCUGGCUCAAUGUCUACAAAUGUUGUUCACAUUACAAAUGGGGGCACGAGCAGUGGGACACCUGGGGAAAAGGCAUUUAUGUGCAGUGUUGAAGGCUGUGGAAAAAUGUACACUACGCUUCACCACCUCAAGGUGCAUGGGCGCGCACAUACGGGCGAUCGACCUUUCAAGUGCCUUGUGGCUGGCUGCAACAAGAGCUUCGUGACCGGCUACGGCCUCAAGAGUCACACGCGUGUCCACACAGGCGAGACUCCCUACCGGUGCACACAUGACGGCUGCACCAAGACUUUCAAGACGUCAGGGGACCUGCAGAAGCAUGUGCGCACGCACACAGGGGAACGGCCUUUCAAGUGUCCUUUUGAGGAUUGCAAUCGUGCCUUUACUACAUCAAACAUCCGAAAGGUGCACAUGCGCACGCACACAGGCGAGCGGCCGUACGUCUGCAAAGAGGAGAACUGUGGCCGCUCAUUUGCUAGUGCGACAAACUACAAGAAUCACAUACGAAUUCACACAGGUGAGAAGCCUUACGUGUGCACGGUCACAUCCUGUGGCAAGCGCUUCACCGAGUACUCGUCCCUGUACAAGCACCAUGUGGUGCACACACACAGUAAGCCAUACAUGUGCAACCUGUGUGGCAAGAACUACCGCCAGACCUCCACCCUAGCCAUGCACAAGCGGACGGCCCACGGCCUGCUUAUGGACGACCCCCGCCUGGAGCUGGGAGUGGAGGAAGAAGAGAUGGAAGCAGAUCUGGACGAAGCAGAAACGAUACAAGGUGCAGUGGAGAUCAUGGAGGAGCCGAGGCAAGCCGGGAGACGCCGCCGGGCAGGGAACAUGUCCAGCACAGCCACCACUACGACAACGUUGGUGGUACAGCAGUCGCCGUCUGCAGCUGGUGACAACACUCUGCGCCUUUCAUUUGACCCACAGACAUUACAGGCAAAAGGCACACUGGUGCAGACGCCAUCCGGCCAGCAAAUCCUGCUCGUGGCUAACCCUGCACAGUUGCUAGCGCUGCAGCAACUGGCACUUCAACAAGACCAAGCCCUAGCCGCUGCCGACGAGCAACAGGACAGUCUCGAAGGGGACAAUGUUGUCAUUGCCACGGCCUCCCUGUCUGACCACUGAGCAAUGGCAUGCUCUCUGUGUUCAUCAUUUGUGUUCAUUUUUUUUUUCUCUGUACAUACGUAUAGCCAGGCAUUUCAGCGACAACUCUCACUAGCUGCAGAUUCCUCUCAUGAACUAUUAAAGAACUGCUGAAAGUAAGGAAUUUCGAUACUAGGUUAUAAUUUUUGUCGACCAAAAUUUGUAGCGGAAAGCACUUAAAGGGACACUAAAGAGAAACAAUGAAUCGGUUUAGAUCGACAAAUUGUGCUCCGAGAGCUCUAAUGUCGUUAAUUUGGCCAUCAUAGGUUUAUUAAUACAGGAGAAAAUCAAGUUCAGAGUUUCAUUUUUAAAUUUCACGUCGAAAUCCCCCCCGCGUGACGUCACGAAUUUCAAACUGUAUUUAUUGUAUUUUGGCACCAUUGGCUCAACAAAGUUACCCCAAACUUGGUGCAUUAAGUCUAUGGCCCCCUCAGAGGACAAGGUACUUCAUUUUUGCCGAUUAGGAACUACGUAGUCCCUAGUAAGCGCCGUCAAAACAUGUGACGUCAAGGCGAAUGCUGCGGAAACUUCAAGGUGGCGUCGCCACGUACAUUUUGUUUUUGCGCGUUUUCUCGCUUACUAAGCGUCUUCUCGCAGCAAGCGUGGUGUUUUUGGUAUCGUGAAAGAGUACUUUACUAAUAUGAGAAAAAUCAUUUUGCUCUUUAGUGUCCCUUUAAUAACCAUCGUAAGUUGACUAGAGCUCAAAUUUGCGUAACGUCAGGGUGGACAUUGCAGUUGCAGAUUUGAAGCCAGUUAGUGCUGAAAUCACAUGGGCUCUGUAGGAACUCGAAGAUUAACUUGAGCUUCAAGAUGUCCAUAUCUAAGCUUAUGGCAAAACUCAUUUGCGUCACAUCUAUUGGUUAGCUUGCAAAACUUUUCUUAAGAUAACUGGGUGGAACUAUGCGAUAUAUCUGCAUGUUUAACGUCUGAUUUGUGGGGCAAGUGUGUCAAAAGUUGCGCUAUUGUGAGCAGUAUACUGCUUAGCAUACAGAGCACUGACUGGCUUGAAUUCUGUGAUUGCAGUAUUCAAUAAUGUAAUGACACCUAUAAAUGUAUUAUAGUUUACUUAUUGGAGGAUUAUUGGCAAAUAAUUUCUUAUGUACACCACCACUGGAAACAUUGAAUUGCAAAAAUUAUUGCCUCGUGUCAACUUUCCUUAGUUAAUUACAGACAUUCACUGUAGGGACAUGCCAACUGUAAAUUUGUGUACAGGAUAGUGCUCUUCAGCACAUAAACUAACAUAAUAUGACUGUGUGAAAGCUACAUUGAAUGAGUGACUUGCUCUGUAUAAAAAUGCUGAGACGUUGCUGAUGCUGUGCAUCAGAAUGUGUCUCCGAAUGUAAAAAUAAAAGAUAUAAGCUAA